AUGGUCGCGAAGCAUGUUUCUGUACGACAGAAUCACCUUCUUGAUCGAAUCCAGCUGUCUAUCGUCAAGCAAAAGCACGUUGGAGCCGGUGUUCUUGAGGUCAAUGGCAAGACCCAAGUUGAUCGAUUGACGGUUUCCAACAGUGUCCAUUCUUUCGAGGUCAUAAGUGUCAAUAUCGUCCAACAAAGAGUUGUAGGUGUCGAUAUCGUUCAUAAUACCAAGCCGUGCGAGAAAAUACGGAACGUAAGGAAGAACGUUGAAAUGAAGAAGUAUUCUGGAGGAUGGUUCUCGUCUGUGAGCAGACACACCAGCGACUUGAACGAAGCUCCCAAGAUCUCGUUCUCCGAGCCUCUUAGAAUCUCGUCCUCGUGGUUGAAAGUGGAAGACGGACCGUCAAGCAGCUGGUCAAAAGUGCCGUCGUUCUGGAUGAACGGGGUGUCGUUGCCAGGAGCAACCUCGGCCAGUCUUGUGCUGUUUCAACUGUUUAGUGAUUUCUUUGUCGGAAACCAGUCCCUUGGAGCAGAUCUUGAUGAAGUUCUUUGGCGACACGUUCAUCUGCAUAAAGUCUGGGUACUGGCGAGUGUUUGGCAGCUCAAAGUCUUUGGUAGCCACCAAAAACGUCUUGAGAACUUUCUGCGACGUGCUCACCAGGUAAACCAGCUUACACCCGGUGUUGAUCACGGCUCCUCCCUCUCUGGAGUAGAAGUACGCGUCCCUGACUGGCCAUGCUCCGCGGGAGUUGCUGGUGGCUGUUCUCGAAAGAGCAGGCGAGUUCACCGUGCGCUUGUUGGCAGCUUCCACCAGCACCCUCACGCUGUAGUUGAACUUCUCCAACGUCAUGGACAGGUCCUUGUUGUUGGUCUCAAGAAGCUUGAGCUGGUCCGCAGUCGACAUAUUUGUGCGAGCAACAGCAGGCAGCUUGUAGCCUUGCGGGAUAGAAGUUUUGAUCAACAAACUGAUGAACUGCAGCUCCUUGACUUGGAGGUUGAUCUGGUUGACAAUGUUCUCCAACAACUGGCCUCCCUUGAUGUUGUUCUCCACCAGGUCCAGACGACCGGAGAUCAUGGCCAGUCGUCCAGAGAAUACGUGAACGCGAUAUCGUUUUCGUUGAAAGAGAGACAGAUCGAGGCGUCAUUCUUAGACUCCAGAGUGUUGGCGUCGAACGGAUACAAAGCAGUCACAAACAGCGCGGACGCGUCCUCGUCGUCAUUCUCCAAGAUCGACUCCGACUCGGUGCUGAGCUGGUGGAUCUGUCUUGCAGACUCGGAAGCUGUCACCUCCGAGUUAAUUGACGUGAGCGUCUUUUUCGGAUAG